AUGGAAAAUAAACAAUGGAAUGUUGUCAAAUUUAACAAUGAAGACGAGGGCGAUAGUGUUGAGGUUGUACCCUUGUCCUGGAUUACUGGGACCGAUUGUUUUUGGCCUCCAUUUGAUAACAGGAGGGACGUAGAAAGUGCGAUGAAACAUUGCUCAUCACCGAAGGAAAACAGCUGGCGAAAGUAUACAGGCGUUCAAAGUUCAAGCAGAACUUACGACAAAUUCGCAACGGCAUCUUCACGUGCUAACAAAGUUAUUGCUAAUUCUGAAAUCGACAGCAGCGGAUCUGAAAAAUUGCCGAAAAAACGACUUGUUAAAAUGAAUCCUUUGUAUGCAAAAAAUUAUUUUUUGAACAGCAAUGAGACAUCUGAAGAUGAAGCCGAAAUAAAUGUUGAAAUACCAAAAUUUCCAACGUUGUCGACGAACACCAAAUUAAAUAAAGGCUUACCUUCUAAGAAGGCAUCCAAAGGCCUUAUAAAAACAAAUGGAGCGAACACAUCUGGAGUCACCAAAAAUACGAAUGAGAAAAAACUCGAUUAUCGAAAAUCUCAUAGUCAGAAAGUCGGCUCAAAUAGUAGUAAUAAUGAAUUACCGUCUAAUCUUGCCGGAAAAAACAAUGCAGUUCAGGAAAAAAUAGUUUUCGAAGAGGAUUGUGAAGAUGAAGAAUACCUUCCUUGUGACGAUGAACAUAUUUCUGACAGUGAGGCUAGUAGUAUUUCAUCAAAACAUGAUAGUCAAACCGUGGAUGACAAAAAUGUUCUACAUAGUAAGAAGGCGAAUAGAACAGACGCCGCAGCAUUAGUAGAAACGGAUGAAUUGGACAACAACAACAGUAGUGUGCUUAAGAAAUUAGUGAGACAAACAAUUAUUAAUAAUAAAUUAAUAAAAAAACAAAAUGCUAUGUUGAAAGAGCUGAUCAGCAAGCUCAAUGUUGCGGGUCUGAAUAAUAUGGAUCCUGAUGAGGAAGUAUUGUCGCAGCAGUUUAAGAAUACCUUUCCUAUAAAAGAAGACGAGAAUCUUGAUAGUACAAAUCAAAUUUUAAGUGAGGAAGAAAAAUUUUACAAGUACGCGUUAAAAAUGGUAUCUCUAGAAGGUGGCCAUAGCGUUAGCGAAUGUGUAAGAAAAGUCAUGACAGUUGUUAUUGAUGAUAACCUGGCGAAUAGCUACAGUUUUAAGGGACAUAAAGCUAAAAAGAAUUUCAGCAAGUACAAACAUCUGGUAUCAUUAAUCAUAGAUAGCGUAAGAAGUCAUGUUCCCACAGCAACAACAAAAGAGAUGCAGGAUCAAAUAGCGAUUUGGCUGACCCAAUCGAGGAGACGGAUGGAAGCAGCAGUCCAGGACUAG